AUGAGCUUGGCUUACUGGGAUGCAGUCUUCAACAAUCUCAAGGAUGUAAUGGAAGACAAACUGGCUGCUGAUGCUAGCCGGAUAUCCCCUAUAGACGUCAGUCUAAAGGAGAAGGCUCUAUUUCCAGCAUACGCAACUGACGCGUCAAGUAUCUCCCGAUGCUAUUUGUAUGCCAGAAAUCGGGUGCUGGCCAUGUUUAUCUCAAACCCGUUAACGUACCUCCGGGUUGAAGAUGUGCGAAAGCAAUUGGAUUUCUUGCCCGUCUCGAUGGUGCAAGAUGCGUAUAACUUCUGUUUACGGCAGCGACUUAUAAACUUUGGCCUCGUAAACAUAUCUCCGCAACUACCCAUAAACGGCCAAAAACGAAGACCCAAGAUCGUAAUCAUUGGAUCUGGAAUCGCUGGAUUAUCGACUGCCCUCGAACUCCAAACUCUGUUCCAUAACCGGCCCGAUAUAAGUCCUGAUAUAACGAUAUUGGAGGGGAGACAGAGAUCUGGUGGACGCAUUUAUACGUUUCCGCUACUUUCGAAACCGAUGAGCACCUUGGGAUUGGAUGAUGGUGUGAGAGAGCCUGCUUGUGUUGAGCUUGCUGCUCAGAUUGUCACGGGUUUUGGUAGAGGAAACCCAUUGGCUGUGAUACUCAGAAGUCAACUAGGGGUUGAACUACACUACACACGAGGCAGAGGACCAGAAGAUUGUCCGUUGUAUGAUUAUGAUGGAGCACGAGUCAAUGACGAUAAAGACAAGGAGAUUGAGCUACUAUUCAACGCAUGUCUCGAAAAAGCAUGCCAAACAAUCUUGCUCGACGACGGAACACCACAAUUAACGAACGAUGAUCGAGAUACAAUCCGAUCGACCCAACAUGGUGUUGAAGCACCAUCUCUUGGUGCGAUGAUUCAAUACUGGUUGGAACGUGAUCCCAAGUUCCGAUAUAUGACACAUACGGAUCAUCGGUUGUUUUCGUGGCAUGUUGCGCAUCUAGAGUUUGCAAAUGCUACUACGCUAGAGUCUUUGUCGUUGCAUCAUUGGGAUCAGGACGACGAGUAUGGGUUCACGGGUUUCCACGCCAUGAUAAAAGGUGGUUUCUCGCAGUUGCCCGUUUCCUAUGUCGAGAGGCUGAAGGAGUCGAUACAUUAUAACAAGACUGUAGAUAAGAUUAGCUGGAAGGAUGCUGGUAUGGUUGAUGUUAGUUGUACCGAUGGAACCAUUUUGGAGUGUGAUGCUGUGGUGGUGACUGCACCCCUGGGCUCUCUCAAAUCAGGAAUGAUUGAAUUCGAACCACCUCUAAGCAUCUGUGCAUCGCACAAAGCAGCAGCAAUCACAAAUCUCGGAUUUGGACUGCUCAACAAAGUCAUCAUGGUCUUUCCCCGACAGUUCUGGAGGACGGAUAUAGAUUCGUUUGGAUACUUGAACGAGGCAGUCUCACAUAGUCCAGAAGAGUAUUCCAGGAGUCGUGGUAUAUCAUUCCAUAUUUGGAAUUGGACGAAUAUUAAUGGUAUGCCAGUACUGGUUGCUUUCAUUUCUGGGAAGGCUGCGUUGGAGCUUGAGCAGGUUUCUGAUCAGGUGAUUGUUGAAAAGUUGAUGAACAUUCUUACCGCCAUACAUCGUGAUCAAGCACCAAUACCAAAACCCAUCGAGUCUGUUAUUACGAGGUGGUCGAAAGAUCCUUAUGCGAGAGGGAGUUAUAGUUCGAUCUCACCUCGUGCAACAGGUCAAGAUUAUGAUCAUAUGGCUGCUACCAUAGCUGGCAAGAUCUUUUGGGCUGGAGAGCAUACGAAUAGGCAGUAUCCCGCUUCAGUGCAUGGAGCACUCUUAAGUGGAAUGCGAGUAGCCACAUCAAUAGCAGAUAUCAUGAUGGCAUCCAUCAGACCUGCAUGGAUGGGUGAACCUAAAAGAGUACUUGGAAAUGCAUCAAGUUGUCCAAGACCCGAUUGUGGAGUGGACCUUCCUCCGCAUAUCAGCGUCUUCUCGCAUCUCCAAGACCACGUAAAACAAGAACAACAGGCCCAUCAACAACAACGUGCUCCUGAAGCUAUGAAACCACGAAACGAAUUCGUGAAAUCACCCAUUCAAAUCAAACUAGAAACACUACAACGCCGAUCAAUCACGAAAAUAGACACAUCAGCACCCCCAACAAUCAAAUUAACUCAACCAAAACCAAGACAAUCUGAUAAAGUAGAAGCGCCACGCCCAACAGUCAAAUUAUCCGAACCAAGGCCGACUAGUAAACACUCAUCAGACAAGAUAGACAAACUAGCACUACGACAAAUCAGCCUCGCUACUGAACCAAGAUCUAGACAGUCAACUGACCCAAUUCCCAAUAUUCCGACACCACCUGCAAGUUAUAAUCACGUCAAGUGUGAGAAUGACGUGUCUAAAUCGAAUGGAGUCCAUGAAAGUAAUCAGAAUAACGGUAGUAGAAAAGUGAGUGGUAGAGGUGAUAUGCCAGUAACCAAUGGAGCUACUGCUAAUGGGAGAAGUAGCACUACAUCGCCAACAUCCACUGUUAGAAAGGGACCGGAUUCUGAUGCUGAUUCUGUUGUGGUGAAAGUACCUAAACGUGCUCGUUUGGUGUGGAAUGAUGAGGAUCAUGGUGGUAGGAGAAACUGA